AGAUGAUGACUGUAAAGGCUUUUUACCUAACGAGUGCCCUGAUGUAGUCCUCCGCAGGGUCAGUAAGACUUUCUCAUUGCAUGCAACUACUUCAUUUUGCGCUUUAUGGAAAAACAGACUGUAUAGGGGCAGCUCUUUUCAGUAGCGGUCGUCUCUUUUUUUAUUCCGCGCAAUAUGAAUGUGUCAAUAACAGCGUUUAAUUGGGUCUACUUAACACAGAGACGUUGACAGGUAGUACUCCGGUCUCUCUUAAACAUGGCCACCAUGAUGGAGUAAAUGCUACAACUUUAAAUUUCAGAUUUUUGAGGAAAACUAUUUUUUUCUCUUCGCUACAAGGAAUGUUUCGUCCGAAUAUACCUUACCAAACAUCACAUCUAUAUGAAAGCUUUGGGUAAACUUUCCUAUUGGAUUACGUUUUGAUAUAAGUUGGCUGGAACCUGGAAAGGAAAAAAAAGAAUUGCAUCAAUUCCAAUGUCAUCAGAGGACAAGAGUCUGGAGCCCUCUGACCAAGGACAGUCUCCUCCCCUGAGCAGUGCUGAGGCCACGCCCAUUGGGGCUCCGCCCGCGGGGAGUCCAGCGCCCAGUGCCCGUCGUCCCCGAGGCUGGCCUCGUAAGGAUGCGGCCUCUGCCAUUCAUGCGCCCAGACCCAAGAGGAAGUCGCGCAGUCGAGGUCAGGUGCAGGCAGAUGAUGAGGACAGCAUGGAUGGCAGUGAGCCUGCAGACACAGAGCCUCUUCAGGACAUGGAAGUGGCAGAGCUGGAGGAGGAGGAGCCACUCCGGCCGCUGCUCUGUUGCCCCGGCGACCUGCAGCCUCUCUCGCCGCUCUUCCAGCGUUCCGUGUCCGAGGACUCGGCCGGCUCGUCGGCCUCGGCCUCCGACAACGCCAAGACCAGUGAGAGGUUGUGUGCCUUCUGCUACUGUGGGGAGAGGAGUGUGCUGGGCCAGGGCGAUCUGAAGCUGUUCGGCCCGACGCCGGGCUACGUGCCGCUGCACAUCCGCAACCGCCACGGCAGCUCGGAGAAGGACGACGACUACCACGACGACGACAACGAUUCUGACGACAACGACCACAGCCGGAGCCCUGGCCAGCGCGAGAGUGGUCUUAAAAAGAUCAGCUCGCCAGACAGUGGCCUGCACUCGUCCUCUGCGCCGGGCAGCUCCGACCCAUUUGGAGAGGAGCCGACGCGGCGGCCCUGGGACGAGCUAGGACAGAUCGGUCUCCCUGACGACAUCAACGUCCAGUCGCUCUUCGACCCCACUGGCCAGUGUUGUGCCCACCUGCGCUGUGCAGCCUGGUCGGACGGUGUGUGUCGAACGGAAGGUCAGGUGCUGCUCUACGUGGACAAAGCAAUAGACUCAGGGACCACAGAGUUCUGUGCAUACUGUAAGCGCCUUGGAGCAUCCAUUAAGUGCUGUGAGGGUGGCUGCUGCCGCUCCUACCAUUUCCCCUGUGCGGCCGCCGCCGGAACCUUCCAGGACUGCAAGAGAUACACGCUGCUGUGUCCCGAUCACCUCGAACAAGCCCUGCACAGAUCUAAAGAUGAGGUGACGUGUCUGGUGUGCGACAGCUCGGGGGAGCUGCAUGAGCAGCUGUUCUGCAGCACGUGCGGGCAGCACUACCACGGGGGCUGCUUGGAGCUGGGCAUCACGCCCCUCAAGCGCGCCGGCUGGCAGUGCCCCGACUGCAAGGUGUGCCUGGCCUGCAGGAACCCAGGGGACGACAACAAGAUGCUGGUGUGUGACAUGUGCGACAAAGGCUAUCACACGUACUGCUUGCAGCCCGUCAUGGACGCCAUUCCCACGGGUGGCUGGAGGUGUCAGCACUGUCGGGUGUGUGCCCAGUGUGGCACUCGAGCCAAUGGCCAGUGGUCAUCCGCCGGGCCACUCUGUGACGAUUGCCAACGGCAACCGGACGCGGCCCAUCCCUGCCCCCUCUGUGGGAGGAGCCUGGCUGCUGAAGCCCCCAAGGACCUGCUGGCCUGCCACACCUGCAAGAGAUGGGUCCACCUGGAGUGCGAGAGGCAGGGCAAGGAGGCCGAUUGGGAGCCGCGGCCGCGGGGCGGAUUCCUCUGCUCCGUCUGCAGGCCGGGCGAAGCGGAGGGCAGCCAGACGCAGGGCAGCACCCCGCGCCACCCCCUCUCCCCACUGCCCAGCGACCCCAAUGCCUCAGAUGUCUUCAUGGCUGUGGAGGAGGACGAGGAAAAGGUGGAGCUGGAGACCGAGGAGCAAGAGGAGCAAGAAGCCUCAAAGACUGGCAAGGAUGAAGCGGAGGAGGUCAAGGAAGAGCAGAAGACUGAGCCACAACUGCCUGUAGAGAAGGAGGAGAAGGAGGAGGAGAAAGAGGUGAUGGUUGAGGAGGAGAAGCUGGAAGAGGAGAAACAGCAGGAGGGGGAGAAGAAGGAGGAGGUGAAAGAGGAGGAGGAGGAGAAGGAGAUGGAGGAGGAGAAAGGGGUAACAAACAUCACAGAACAGCCAAAGGAGGAGGAGAAGGAGGAGCUGACCACAGAGGACUCUCAGCAGGCCAUGGAGGAGUCGACGGUCACCGAGGAGUCGACGGUCACGGAGGAGUCAACAAUCACCGAGGAGUCGACAGUCACAGAGGAGUCGACAGUCACAGAGGAGUCGACAGUCACAGAGGAGUCGACGGGCAUUGAAGAAUCAACAGGCACAGAGCAGUCGACAGGCACAGAGGAGUCGAUGGUCACAGAGGAGUCGACGGUCACAGAGGAGUCGACAGUGACAGAGGAGUCGAGGGGGAUAGAGUCUACAGUAGUCACAGAGGAGUCGAUGGUCACAGAGGAGUCGACAGUGAUAGAGGAGUCGACAGUCACAGAGGAGUCGAGGGGGAUAGAGGAGUCGACAGUCACAGAGGAGUCGAGGGAGAUAGAGGAGUCGACAGUCACAGAGGAGCCGGCGGUAACAGAGGAGUCGACAGUCCCAGAGGAGUCGGCGGUCCCAGAGGAGUCGGCGGUCCCAGAGGAGUCGACGGUCAUAGAGGAGUCGACGGUCAUAGAGGAGUCGACAGUGACAGAGGAGUCGAGGGGGAUAGAGUCUACAGUAGUCACAGAGGAGUCGAUGGUCACAGAGGAGUCGACAGUGAUAGAGGAGUCGACAGUCACAGAGGAGUCGAGGGAGAUAGAGGAGUCGGCGGUCACAGAGGAGUCGGCGGUCACAGAGGAGUCGACAGUUCCAGAGGAGUCACCAGUUCCAGAGGAGUCGACGGUCCCAGAGGAGUCACCAGUCCCAGAGGAGUCGACGGUCCCAGAGGAGCAGGUGGAGCAGGAGGAGAAGGCUGAGGAGCAGCUGGCAGCGAAGGAAUGGGAGCAAGAGGAAGAGGAGAAGGAGGAGGUGCAGGACACCACACUGGAGCAGGAGGCGAGCGCCAGCCCCACGCCAGACGACCUGCAGGAGGUGAAGAAGGAGUCUCCAUCAGCUGAACCUGCUCAGGAGAUCCAGGUGACCGUGACGCUGACCGAGGGGGCCGAGUCCCCCCAGCACUCCUCGUCGCUCUCGCAGGACCCCACGUCUCCGGGUGACUCCCCUCAAGACCCCGAGGUCCCCGACGCCAUGGAAACGGAGACGGAGACGGAGAAGGAGGUGGCCGAACUAGUGCCUGAAGUAGCGGCGGAGAGGGAGGACGAGGAGGAGGACGAGGACGAGCCACAAAGCACAGGAAGUCCUGCGAAAGAGCACCUCCCCUCGCCCACUAAGGAGGUGUCCUCUCCUGAGCCGCCCGUAGCCGCUGAAGACGAAUCUAUGGAGGUGUGUCCCUCAGAACCGUCAGUCACCAAUGGUGACCCGAUCAGAGAGAUUGUUCCGGAACCGUCGCCCAAAGUUCAAAAUGUGGUCAACGAUGAACCCGAGGAAAAAAUGACCGAAGACAAUCAUGUGGAGGAGGUAGAGGAGCCAGAAGCGGAGCCAGAGGAAGAGGACGAGGUGGUGGCUGCUGCAGCGGUGGCAGUGGUGGAGGAGGAAGAGGAAGAGGAGGAGAGGGAGAUGGAGGAGGACAAGCAGGAGCUGCUGAGCGUGCUCCCUGACCUGGACUCCAUCCCCUCCCACGACACGGACGUGUGCGGCCUGGCGGACGCCGACGUCGACGUCGACGUGGACCUGGACAUGGACACCACGCCGGCCAGCGAGCACAGCUUCUCGGGCUUCGGCUCGCCGCUCGGCGACGACAAGAGCCUCAAGUUCUCGCCGGGCUUCUCGUCGGAAGGGUCCUGUCGGCUCGCCCGCUCGCCCUUCUCGACCGAGGCCUCCCCCAGGGAGGGCUCCCUGACCCCGGCCCACAGCACGCCCACACAGCCCCCGCCAACCACCACCUUCAUCCCCCUCACCCCCAAAAUCGGCAUGGGCAAGCCGGCCAUCUCCAAGAGGAAGUUCUCGCCGGGCAGACCACGAGUGAAACAGGGAGCUUGGAGCAGCCGUAGCGCCGGGCGCUCCCCCUCCUGGUCCCCUGAGUACGGGGAGUGUGGGGACGGGCCCAGGACACGGCACCUCCAGGGCCCACCGCCCGUCUGGACCAUGAGAGUGGGCCGGGGGUCAGGGUUUCCCGGGCGACGGCGUCCGAGGGGGGCCAACCUGUCUGGACGAGGGGGCCGAGGACGCUCCAGACUGAAGGCCGACAGCAUCCCGCCAAUCAUCCCCGGGGUGUGCGCUGUGGAGCAGCCGUUUGUGCUGAAGGAGGAAGAGGAGAACAGCAUGCACAACACUGUGGUCAUGUUCUCCAGCUCAGACAGCUUCACACUCAAACAAGACAUGUGUGUGGUGUGCGGGAGCUUUGGUCAGGGGGAAGAGGGUCGGCUGCUGGCCUGCUCUCAGUGCGGCCAGUGCUACCACCCCUACUGCGUCAACAUCAAGAUCACUAAAGUGGUGCUGAGUAAAGGCUGGCGCUGUUUAGAGUGCACCGUGUGUGAGGCCUGUGGACAGGCCACCGAUCCCGGGCGUCUGUUGCUAUGCGACGACUGUGACAUCAGCUACCACACCUACUGCCUGGACCCGCCCCUGCAGAACGUGCCCAAGGGCAGCUGGAAGUGCAAGUGGUGUGUGUCGUGCACACAGUGCGGCUCCACGACGGCAGGCGUGCGCUGUGAGUGGCAGUGCAACUACACGCAGUGUGGCCCCUGUGCCAGCCUGGCCGUCUGCCCCGUGUGUGUGCGCAGCUACCGCGAGGACGACCUCAUUCUGCAGUGCCGCCUCUGUGACAGGUGGGUCCACGCGUCGUGUCAGGGUCUGAACACUGAUGAGGAGGUGGAGAGUGCAGCGGACGACGGCUUUGACUGCUCCAUGUGCCGCCUGCACACGUCAGGCCAAGGUGGCGUGACUGUGACGCUCAGUGAUCGGACCGAGUCUCCCAUCGUGGCACAAAUCAUCACCAAAGUGAAAGAGCCAGAGUACCAGAAGACGUACACGCAGGACGGUGUGUGUCUGACGGAGUCGGGUCUCAGCCAGCUGCAGGCCCUGUCCGCCCCGGCUCCGCGCCGGCGCCGGCCCAAACCCAAACUCAAGCUCAAGAUCAUCAACCAGAACAGCGUGGCCGUGCUCCAGACCCCGCCGGACCCCAUGUCCGAGCUGUCCCGCGACGGAGACCUGGACGACAGCCGAGAGGGCGACCUGCUUUUGGACUGCGAGGGCAAGUCUGACUCCAGCCCAGAGCGAGAGGCCGCUGAGGUGGACGCCAAGGGAGAGGAGGGCGUCGACGGCAACAAGAAGAGGAAGAGGAAGCCGUAUCGGCCAGGUAUUGGUGGGUUUAUGGUCCGUCAGAGGAGCCGGACAGGACAAGGCAAAGGCAAACGAUCGCUGAGCAGGAAGGACUCGUCUGGCUCGCUCAACGACAAUCCUGUGGGCAAAGAGGAGGGCUGGAAUGAGCCUGACACGCCGGUGGAUGAGGCUGCGCCCCCUACAGAGGCCCUGGAGAAGAAGAAGAAAUACAGGAGGAAGAAGACGCAGCUGGAGGAGGCCUUCCCCUCCUACCUCCAGGAGGCCUUCUUCGGUAAGGAGCUGCUGGACAAGAGUAAGCAGAGCAGGCAGGCCCUGGAGCCGGCGCUGCUGGUCCAUGAGCACGGGGGGGCCGUGCUGGCCGAGACCAAACCCCCCAGCGCCGCCAGCCGCUUCCUGGACCCCUCCUCCGACCCGCUGCUCAGCGCCACGGCAACCGGCACCAGCAGCACCACCGCCCCGGGCUCCACCAAGACCCGCACCCUGCCCCAGGCAGGGGAGGAUCCGCUAGCGGACCUGGUGCUGGGCUCCGACGACGACCUGCUGGGAAUGCUCUCUGACAACCUGGGCAAGCCAGGCCAGGACACAGGUCUUGAUUUCUGCCCUUUCCAGGUUGGUCGCUCUGCCUCCCCAUUCGCUGGUCUGGACAUCGGGGGUCUCUCGGAACACCCCUCGGGCCCCGCCCAUCCCUCGGGCCCUGCCCGUGGGGCCCGCCCCUUACAGGAGGAGCCUCUGGACGCCAUCCUGAGCCCUGAACUGGACAAGAUGGUGACGGACGGUGCAAUCCUCAGCAAGCUCUACAAAAUUCCAGAGCUGGAGGGGAAGGACGUGGAGGAUCUCUUCACCGCUGUGCUGAGCCCCACCACCAGCCAGCCUCCACCUCUCCCCCACCCGCCCACGGUCAACCCCAUCCCCAGCGCCCCGGGCACAGGCAUGCCCCUGCAGAACUCAGAGGGCGGAAUGUUCCCGCGGAUGCCCAUGAUGAACGGCAUGAUGGGACCCAACGCCGUCUUCCCGCCGACUCCCAUGCUGCCCGGCGCCCCGGGGCCCUGCGGCCAGGCCGGCUUCUCCCCCCUCCACCGGAUGCCCUUCCCCGACAUGAGGGAGAAAAACUUUGGCCAGAUGGGGGGAGACAUGGCCGGGCCGUGGCCCCCCGCGGCGGCCCCCCCUGGCUCGGUCCCGGGCCCCAUCAUGGCCCCCCCGGAGCCCGAGGCCGACACCAUGUCCAACGCGCAGAGGAGCACGCUGAAGUGGGAGAAGGAGGAGACCCUGGGGGAGAUGGCCACCGUGGCCCCCGUCCUCUACACCAACAUCAACUUCCCCAACCUGCGCGAGGAGUUCCCAGAUUGGGCCACUCGAGUGAAGCAGAUUGCGAAGCUUUGGAGGAAGGCGAGCUCCCAGGAGAGGCAGCCCUACGUGCAAAAGGCCCGAGACAACCGGGCGGCACUCCGCAUAAACAAAGUCCAGCUGUCCAACGACACCCUGAAGAGACAGCAGCAGCAGGUGCCUGACCCCUUUGACCCCAGCGUUCCCAUGGAAACCGAGGCCAUCUUCAAAGACCCGCUCAAGCACAAGGAGUCGGAGCACGAGCAGGAGUGGAAGUUCCGACAGGGAGAGAUAAAUCACAUGAGGGGACCCCUUAAGAAGCAACAGGAAAAGGUCCCAAAAAGCAAAGCCAUAAAAUCAACAAAUAAAGACGUCCUUUUUGGACAUUCCAACCAGGCAACUAUAGCUGCAGGAAGUGGAAAGAUUUCUCUGCAAAUGAGACAAAAGAGCAAACAGCAAGCCAAGAUCGAAGCCACUCAAAAGCUGGAGCAAGUUAAAAAUGAGCAGCAGCAGCUUCAGCAGCUGCAGCAGCAACAACAGCAGCAGCAACAGCAGAAUUUCCCCAGCGGUGGUCAGUCUGGUAGCGACACGCCCACCAGUGGCAACCAGAGCCCCAGGACGCCCCAGCCCGGCGGCGGGGGGGGCAAUGCCUCGCCCCUGCAGCCCAAAGACGGAGGCUUCGCUCGGCCGCAGAUGCCCGGCACGCCCACCUCGGCGUCGGACGACGUCUUCCUGCGGCCGCAGCUCCCGCCGCCGUCCGCCUCCGCGGCCUCCAAGACGCCCACGCAGGAGGGCGCGUACCCCCAGGGCCCGGGCUCCCAGCCCCCGUCUCCCCAGCAGAUGUUCUCCCCCGGCGGCGGGGGCUCCUCGGCGGGCUCCCGGCCCUCCUCGCCCUGGGACCCGUACGGCAAGAUGGUGGGCACGCCUCGGCCGCCCUCGUCUGGCUCCAGCACCCCGCGGCGGGGCUCGGACGCGCAGGAGAGAGGUGGUCGCCCGUGCCCGUCGCCUGCCCACGAGGGCUUCGGCUCGCCAACGUCCGCGCCCGACCCCUACGCCAAGCCCCCGGACACCCCGAGACCCGCCGACCCGUUUGUGAAGCCCAUGGGGCCUCCUAGGAUGGGCAUGAGUGGCAUGGGGGGCGACCCCCAGCAGCAGGCACAGCAGGCCCAGGGCAGGCACAUGAUGGGGCCCAUGGCGUCCGCGGACGCGUUCGGGCGACCCAACCCGCGGGCAGAGGCGUACCAGCGCAUGGCCCACAGCCGCAUGGUGCUCUCCGACCCCUACGCGCGCCCGCUGCUCGCCCCCAUCCCCGGCAGCAACGAGUCGGGCUCCGUGCCGCUCUUCAAGGCCCCCAUGCCCCCUGGGCAGCAGCAUCAGCAGGACGCCUUCGGCGCCACCAUGCCCCCCCAGGGGCUCCGCAGAGGGCCCGUGGACCCGUACGAGCGGCCGCCGCUGACCCCCAGGCCCGCGGACGGCUUCCAGCAGGGUCAGCAGCCGGACCCGUACGCCCACCAGCCCCUGACGCCUCACCCGUCCAUGGGCGCCGACGGCUUCGGCAACGAGCCUCGGAUGAUGCGCCAGCAGCAGCAGCAGCAGCAGCAGCAGGGCGGGCAUUUCCCCAUGCCCAGGCAUGCCCACAGCAAUCCCUACGCACAGGCGCCCUCCACCCCCAGACCUGACUACUCACAGCAGAUGCCCGACCCCUACGCACAAGCACCGGGCACCCCGAGGCCAGUGGACCCCUAUGCCCAACCAACGGGCACCCCAAGGCCAGUGGACCCUUAUGCCCAACCACCGGGCACCCCAAGGCCAGUGGACCCUUACGCCCAACCACCGGGCACCCCGAGGCCAGUGGACCCUUAUGCCCAACCACCGGGCACCCCGCGGCCCUCUGUGGACAUGUACGCCAUGCCUCCCUCCACCCCGCGACCGGCCCCCAUGGAUCAGUUCUCCCAGCCGCAGCCGAUGAGCCGCAGGCAGUCGCCGUCCCACGCCAUGGACCCGUACGCCCAGAUGCCCGGCACGCCGCGCCCUGCGCCGGGAGAGAGGUACCCCAAAUCCCCCGGGGCUCAGAGGAGCGCGGACCCCUACGCCCAACCGCCAGGGACCCCCAGACCGCAGAGCAAGCCGGACCUGUACGACCAGCCGCCCGGCACGCCCCGGCCGGUCCUGUCCAGCCCAGACGCCUUCUCCAGACCUGGGUCCAGACCGGGCUCCAUGCCCCACCCCGGCGAGCCCUUCUCCCACCCGGCUCAGGGCCGGAUGCAGGACGCGUUUGGCCGACCCCACGGAUCGCAGACCCCUAAGCACUCGGGAAUGUCUGACGACGGCUUCUCGUUGCCGCAGGCUCCGCACCCGAGCCAGACGCCGGGCCACGACCCGUGCGAACAGAACCCCCAGACCCCGGGGCCUCAGGCCGGAGAACGAGCCGUCCACGGCGUUCCGCAGUCACCCAGCGCCGCAGACAUCCUGCAGCCACCGAUGGGCGACUCUGAAGACAAGAUCAAACAACGCCAGCUGCUGCGUCAGCUGAUCCUGAGGCAGCAGCAGAGGAAGGUCCAGCAGGAGCUGCCCGCCGGCGCUGCGGUCCCCGGCAUGGUCAGUGCGCCCGGAACCCCCCGCCACUGGUCGCAGGAAGACUCCUCAGCGCAGCCGGACUUCUUCGGCCGGCCCCCUCCUCCGUACCCAGGCACCAUGAGGGGACCCCCCAGGUUCCCGGGUCAGUUUGUGGGGGGGGACCAGCGAGGGCCGUUUCCCCACGACGGUCAGAUGCCCCGGCCGCAGUUCACCAGGGAGAUGGUCGCCAUGGGAAUGAGGCCGCAGGGCCAGAGGUUUGGAUUUCCUCAAGGGGCACCAGGACAGGAGCAGUUAAUGAGGCCCCCGCAUCAGAUGCCAGGCGGGCACAUGGCUCCGGACAACAUGCCCCCCCAGAUGCGCCGCUCCCUCUCCAUCGACCUCGCCCGGCCCAUGGGGGUGGGCACGGCCCAGAUGGGUCUCCCCCAGCACUUCCCGCCGCGGGCACUGCCCAUGCAGCAGCACAGCAUCAUGGGCCAGCCCUUCAUCGAGCUGCGCCACCGCGCCCCCGAGAACCGCAUGCGGCUCCCCUUCCGGCCCCUCGGCCCCAUGGACCACCCCAACCAGCCGGGCCCCCCGCGGCCCCCCCAGGGCUUCAUGCCUGGCCAGGAGAUGGGCUUUGUGGGGCCCCAAGGCCAGAGGAUGAUGGACCCCAUGAUGGGCCAGCCUCAGCAGGGAGCCCCAGGCCCCAUGCAGAUGGGAGCUAACAUGGAGGCCAUGCAGCAGCAUCAACAACAACAACAACAGCUACAUCAACAACAACAACAACAGCAGCAGCAGCAGCAUCAUCACCAACAGCAGCAACAUCAUCAUCAUCAUCAGCAACAGCAGCUGGCCAACAUGCAAAUGAAUGCUGGUCAGCAGCAUCCAGCGCUCAGCAGGUCCAUGAGUCAGCCGGUCCAGAGCGAGACGCUCCACAGCGCGGCCCAGCCCGCUCUGCUCUCAGCGGCCACGCAGCCAGAGGAGCUGCCCCUGUCCACCGCCGAGGGCAUCGAGGAGAAGCUGGACACGGACGACUCGGCCGUGAAGGACCUGGAGGACGUGGAGGUGGACGACGACCUGGAGACCCUCAACCUCGACGGCGAGGACGGCCUCCACCUGGACGACUUCCUGACGUCGGGCAAGUUUGACCUCAUCGCCUACGCCGACCCAGAACUUGACCUCGAGGACAAGAAGGACAUGUUCAACGAGGAGCUGGAUCUGGCCGAUCCUAUGGAAGAUGACCACGGAGAGGCUCUGGACAUCCAGAAAGCCCUGUCAGAGAAAAGAAACACCCACCAAGACGGAGCGGCAGCAACAGCAUCCAUGUCUCAGCCCGCGGGCAAAGCGGACAACCUGAUGUCCGAUCAGGUGAAGAAAGAAGACUGCGGCUCGAGAGAUGGCAUGGUGUACGGUGGCAAGACCAUCAAGACCGAAGUCAAACCGUGUCCAGUGAGCAGUCAUGACCCCGGCAGCAUGUGCGGACCUCCCAUGAACACCGGCGGAAUGUCAGGGGAUCACACGGGCCUGUUUGGAGCAUCCGCUCAUCCUUCGUCCGACCCGCUGUCCGGUUCCGCUCCGGUCCUCUCCAGUCUGCUCAUCAAGGAGAAGCUGGAGGAAUCCGGGCUUGGCGCCGCCACCGCCUCCCCUCACCAGGCCACCCACGGGCCAGGCCUGCAGCAGGGCAUGGGCAUGAUGCCCGGUCAAGCGCUGGACCACGGCAUGAACCCUGGCAUGGGUCUGGGCCACAGGAUCGACCCCUCCCUGACCCAGGGGGCCCCUCCACUGACCAACCCCAACAUGAUGCAGCCUGGCAACCCCAAGCUGCCAGUCCCUGGGUUCGGGGGCCCAUCCUCUGGGCAGCAGAUGGACCUGAACAUGCCCAUGAUGGGGGGCCAGAUGCCUGCUGGACCUCAUGGUCUGGGCAGGCAGACCCAGCAGGGGAUGUUCCCUCUCACAGGAAUGGGCCAGCAGCAGCAGCAGCAGCAGCAGCAGCAGCAGCAGCAGCAGCAGGCAGCACCUCCAGGAUCUGCUCCUCUGUCCCAGCUGUCGCAGCUGUCGCAGCUGACCCAGUCGCAGCUCCAGAACCGGCCGCUGCUGCUGGAAGAGCAGCCGCUGCUGCUGCAGGACCUGCUGGACCAGGAGAGGCAGGAGCAGCAGCAGCAGCGGCAGAUGCAGGCCAUGAUCCGCCAGCGCUCCGACACCUUCUUCCCCAACGUCGACUUUGAUGCCAUCACAGAUCCCAUCAUGAAGGCCAAGAUGGUGGCACUGCAGGGCAUCAACAAGGUCAUGGCACAGAACCCCCUGGCCAUGGGUCCCAUGGUGAUGAACAGGAUCCAGCAAAUCCCAGGAGCUCACGUGCCUGAAGCCGCUGCCGCCACUGUUGGAUCUCCACACUUAUUCGGACAGGAUGGGAAACUGGCCACGCAGUUGGCGAGACCUAAUCCUCCAAAUUUCGGCCCUGGAUUUGUCAACGACACACAGAGGAAGCAGUACGAGGAGUGGCUGCAGGACACCCAGCAGCUGCUGCAGAUGCAGCAGAAGUUCCUGGAGGAGCAGAUCGGCGCCCACCGCAAGUCCAAGAAGGCGCUGUCGGCCAAGCAGCGGACCGCCAAGAAGGCCGGCCGCGAGUUCCCCGAGGAGGACGCCGAGCAGCUCAAGCACGUCACCGAGCAGCAGAGCAUGGUGCAGAAGCAGCUGGAGCAGAUCCGCAAGCAGCAGAAGGAGCACGCGGAGCUCAUCGAGGAGUACCGCGUCAAGCAGCAGCAGCACAACCUCCAGCACCCCAUGAUGACGCCCAUGCCCGUCAUGCCACCCCAGACGGGCCCACGCAUGAUGCCAGGCCCAGGCGCAGUUCCAGUACCAGGCCCCGGACCGGGACCAAUGAACCAGCCUAUGAUGGGCCCCUUGAUGGGCAUGCAGCCCCACCCCGGCCAGCCCAACCCUGCCCAGCGCAUGCCCAACAUGCCCAACAUGCCAGGCUGGCACCCCGGCCCCGGAGGACCCAUGGGUGUGGGCGGAGGCCCUCGGUUGCCAGCUCUCAUGCCACCCCAGAUGCCCCCCCAAAUGCCCCCCCAGAUGCCCCCGCAGAUGCCUCCGCAGAUGCCCCCUGCCAACCCCGCCCAGCAAGUGCCCCCUCAGCAGGCCCCUGCGCCUCCCAUGGUGCCCGGCGCUACCAAGCCCGCUCCGAUGCCCGCUGGUGGCGCAGGAUCGUCUGGCGCCGGAGGUGGCGCCGCCGCUGCCGCCGCCGCCGCUGCCCCUGGCGGUCCGUCCCCGCACGUGAAGUUCGACGACAACAACCCGUUCAGCGAGGGCUUCCAGGAGCGGGAGCGGCGCGAGCGUCUCCGCGAGCAACAGGAGCGGCAGCGGGUGCAGCUCAUGCAGGAGGUGGAGCGCCAGCGCGCCCUGCAGAAGCAGCAGAUGGACAUGGGCAUGGGCGCCAUCGCCGCCGCCAACGCGGACGCCUCGUCUGCCGUGCCAACGUCCACGCCCGCUGCCCCCGGGCCCAGAGACGCCAGCCUGGCACAGAUGCCCUUCUACAACAGCGAGCUGCCUCAGGACUUCCUGCAGCCGAGUCGGCCCGCUCAACAGCAGCAGCAGCAGCAGCAGCAGCAGCAGAUGGGGGGCAUGUUUCCGCAGCAACAGCAGGCUGGCAUGGACUUCGGCGGUGCCCCCGGCCAGGGAUUCAUGCCGGGCAGCCAGCAGAGGCCUGGACCGGGCAGCGGGGGCUUCAGUCCAGACAUGGGCCCUAAUUUCCGAGGGAAGAGCCCCAUGAUGGGUGGCCACGGCUUCCCGCAGGGUCAGCCACAACGCCCCACGGGGUUCGCUGGACCCCUCGGUGGCGGUGGCGGUGGUCACCCACCGCAGGCUCCCGGGGCAGAUGGCUCGGCGUUCGGGAUGGAGUCGCCCUCGACGCCGUUGCCCCCCAACUACCCCGGCUCGGGGCAGUCUCUGAUCCAGCUGUACUCCAACAUCAUCCCCGAGGAGAAGGGCAAGAAGAAGCGCAACCGCAAGAAGAAGAGCGCCAAGGACGACGACGGAGGCGACUCGGUCCGCACGCCGUCCACGCCGCACUCGGACAUCACGGCCCCGCUGACCCCCCGCACCCCGUCCACCCCGACCCGCGCCGCCGGCGAGCCCGACCUGUCCACCGACGCCUUCGCCGGCCUGGCCCCGGCCUCGGAGCUGGAGCGCCAGCUGUCGUCCGUCGGGGGUGGACACGGCGGUCACUCCCUGCUGAGCCGCCAGUGCAGCGGGGGCUCCAUGGACGCGGCCGAGCGGCAGCACGCAGGACAGCUGCACGAGGUCAAGCUGGAGAAGAUGGACGCCAGCGAGUGCCACGGAGGGCCACAGGACCCCCACAGGACGGUCAAACAGGAAGCGGGACAGGAACUGACCUCGCCCAGCGACGCCUCGGGCAACGAGCUGCUCAAGCACCUGCUGAAGAACAAGAGCACUCCUCCUCCCUCCCACGGCCCCCCCCACCAGACGCCCCCCCUGCAGCACCAGACCUCUGUGGACAGCCUGCGCUCAGAAGACGACAUGCCCAACGACACCAAGAGCAUGCUCAAAAUGGGCGGUCAGGCGGUGAAGCCCGAGCUUCUGGAAGGUUCCGGGCCGGAGCAGGGGCAGGGGAAGCGCAAGCCGCAGCGCUACAAGCGCGGGCCCAAGACGGGCAUGGAGAAGCCGCCCUCGCGCUACAAGAAGAGGAAGAAGGAGGAAGAGGAGCGGCAGAUCGCCUACUCCAACACAGACUCGCUCAUGAGCCAACUCAAACAGCAGUUGACCAUGCUGCCCCUGAUGGAGCCUCUGAUCGGCGUGAACUUUGCCCUUUUCCCGCCCUACGGCAGCAGCGGGCAGCUCAACGGGGAGAACCGGCUGUCCGGCUCCUUUGGCAGUGCCACGCUGGACGGCGUCUCGGACUACUACUCACAGCUGGUCUACAAGCAGAGCAACCUGAGCAAUCCCCCCACGCCCCCGGCCUCACUGCCCCCAACACCGCCCCCAGUGGCCCGGCAGAAGAUGGUCAACGGCUUCGCCACGGCUGAGGAGCUGGCCAGAAAAGCAGCCGGCAUGGUGCCCAAGUCUCUGGGUCCGAAGCCCUUGCCCACCGCGUACCACCCUGAGGACGACCUGCUGGCUCAGACUCUCUCCCAGGGGCCCAAGACGGUGGACGUGCCCGCCUCGCUGCCCACGCCGCCCCACAACAACCAGGAGGAUCUCAGGUGGGCACCGCAGACCUACAGGGGUCUGGGCGCCAGAACGGGGCAGGAUCACUGCUCGGACAGGGACACUCCCGACAGCUUCGUGCCUUCCUCGUCUCCAGAGAGUGUGGUCGGCAUGGAGAUCAGCCGCUACCCUGACCUGUCACGCGUCAAGCUGGAGCCGCCCUCGCCUGCCACCUCCCCCGUACUGCCCAUGCUGCCCCCUGCCAGCGGGAAAGGUUCAGAGAUCAGGAAGUGGGAGGUCAAGACGGAACCUUCCGGCCCUUUCUUCGGCUCCUUCGGCCUUCCGUCUUCGUGUUCCAAAAGUGACCUAGUGUCCAUCGCCAUCACCCUCAACUCUGCCGCCGCCGAUAAUGUUCCGGGGGUGGUGGCGGCGGUGGCCAACCUGCUGCGUGUGCCCAUCCCCAACACGUACGACGAGAGCCGCGUGCCCGAGAGGAGUUCGCUGGCGCUGCUUGCCGGGGUGAAGGUGCCCCCCUCUCAGGGCGCCCUCUUCUCCCAGCAGCACCUCCACAGACCCCAACCUCCCCCCGGCACCCCAGGGAUGAUCCAGGGGCCCCCGCUCGGCCUCGGACGCCCACCCAGCACCGGCUCAACAGGGAGACAUGACUAUCAGAUGGGCAAUGCCGGCGCUAGCCCGGGACCCAAGGCCACCUGGUGCUGCCAGUGCAAGGUGGUGGUUCUGGGAAACGGAGUCCGCAAGUCCACCAAAGACCUGCCUUGUGCCAAACUGGAGGGUCAGGUCAAGUCAGAGGGCACCCUGGUGUUCUGCAGUCACAGCUGCUUCCAGCUCUACUCCGCCGCCCUGCAGGCCAAGAUCUCCAACAGCAAGUCGUCGGUGGCGAUGACCUCUGACCCCGGCUCGGUGCUGGGCAGCCCGUCCAAGGUGCUGCACGCGUACAGCAACAACAUGUCCACCCUGGACGUCCACUGCCUGGCCCAGCUGCAGCCCAAGCAGUCGCAGUCGCCGCCGGCCUCCCCUCCCAUCCACUUCCCCACGCUGUCCCCGGCCCACGGGUCCACUUCGGCCGGCGCCGCUGACCGGCCCGAGCCCAAGUCCGACCCGGCGUUCAAGUUCACGGUCAAGCUGAAGCCGCGUCCGCGAGCGGUCCACAUGGAGGACGGGUCAUCGUCGUCGUUGUCGUUGUCGUUGUUGUCGGCGGGAGGGGUCGGUCCGAGGGGGCACACGCCGGCCAAGCGCUGGAAGGGUCAUCGCUGGCGCAAGUGGAGCGUCCAGAUCCUGGUGGCGCGGAGCGGGGUCAUGCCGCCCGCGCCGGGCAAAGGCGGUCGCCACGGCGCCGAGAAGCCGCUGCCCACCGAAGGUCCGGGAGCGUCGUGGUUACGGCCGGAGCCCAUGCCACGCGACCACCGCCGCUGCUGCCUGUGCCAGCGCCGAGGCGACGGAGAGACGGACGGUCCGGCGCGGCUGCUCAACCUGGACCUGGACGUGUGGGUGCACCUGAACUGCGCGCUGUGGUCCAGCGAGGUGUACGAGACGCAGGCGGGCGCGCUCAUCAACGUGGAGCUGGCGCUCCGCCGAGGCCUCGCCCUGCGCUGCGCCCACUGCCAGCGGACGGGCGCCACCAGCGGGUGCCAGCGGCCGCGCUGCGCCAACGCGUACCACUUCACCUGCGCCCUGGAGGCCCACUGCGUCUUCUUCAAGGACAAGACCAUGCUGUGCCACACGCACCGCCCGCGAGGCGGGCUGGACCAGGAGCUCCGCUGCUUCGCCGUGUUCCGGCGCGUCUACGUGCAGCGCGACGAGGUGCGGCAGCUGGCCAGCAUCGUGCGGCGCGGCGAACGCAACAGCACCUUUCGCGUGGGCAGCCUGGUGUUCCACGCCGUGGGCCAGCUGCUGCCCGGGCAGAUGCCCGCCUUCCACGCGCCCACGGCCAUCUACCCGGUGGGCUACGAGGCCAGCCGCCUCUACUGGAGCAUGCGGCGGGCACACCGGCGCUGCCGCUACGUGUGCGCUGUGGACGAGCGCGACGGCCUGCCCGAGUUCAGCAUCCGCGUGGUGGAGCAGGGAUAUGAGGACCUGCUGCUGACCGGCACCUCGCCUAAAGGCGUGUGGGACCAGGUGCUGGGGCCCAUGGCAGAGUGCCGUAAUGAGACGGGCAUGCUGAAGCUGUUCCCCGUCUACCUGAAGGGCGAGGACCUCUUCGGACUCACCGUGUCCGCCAUCACCCGCAUCAUCGAGUCGCUCCCGGGAGUGGAGGCGUGUGAGCGCUACACGUUCCGGUACGGCCGUAACCCCCUGAUGGAGCUGCCCCUGGCCAUCAACCCCUCUGGCUGUGCGCGCUCUGAACCCAAGGCAUGCACUCAUGUCAAGAGACCUCACACCCUGACCAGUGGCAGCGCUGCCAAGACCCUGCAGGGCGGUUCUGACCCAGUCGGGAUGGGCGCCCCCUACAGCAAGCAGUUUGUCCACAGCAAGUCCUCCCAGUACCGCCGCAUGAAGGCCGAGUGGAAGAGCAACGUCUACCUGGCCCGCUCUCGCAUCCAGGGUCUGGGGCUGUAUGCAGCGCGGGACAUCGAGAAGUACACCAUGGUCAUCGAGUACAUCGGCACACUCAUCCGCAAUGAGGUGGCCAACCGCAAGGAGAAGAUGUAUGAGGACCAGAAUCGAGGCGUCUACAUGUUCCGCAUUGAUGGCGAGCACGUGAUCGACGCCACCAUCACAGGAGGUCCAGCCAGAUACAUCAACCACUCCUGUGCACCCAACUGCAUCGCAGAGGUCGUGACCUUGGAGCGAGGCCACAAGAUCAUCAUCAGCUCCAACCGCCGAAUCCAACGAGGAGAAGAGCUGUGUUACGACUACAAGUUUGACCUGGAGGACGACCAGCACAAGAUUCCCUGUCACUGUGGAGCAGUCAACUGCCGCAAGUGGAUGAACUAAAGGCCAUUGUGGGGGCAUAGGCCUCGGCCUGCGACCUCCAGUACAUGCAUUCCUACUUCUCGUUUUGUAUCAGUUGUUUUUGUUUCUCUUGGUAUUGUUCUUAUUUCUGUUCUUAUCCGUUCCCUCCCUUUGGCCCCUGUGUAAAAAGGGAGCAUUGUGUGACACCUACACGACUAUCAGGGCAAAAGAUACUGACCGCAGAACUGUACAAGGUCCAAGAUGGGACAGAGGGGUCAGGGUGGGCACAGUGGGGAGGGGGG